UCCACCAUCACCACCAUCAACCUCCUCCUCCUACUCUCAGCCUUCCCUCCCGGGCAAACAUCAUCACCAUCAUCACAAGCUACAACCACCAUCACCCUCGACGUGCAUGUGCCUGUCGACUCGACCUCAAAUGAGUACCUGGUGCGGUGUGUAAACAUCGCCACUGGGGAGACAAAGGAGGCCGGGCGUGGGAUGCUGGCUGUCUACCCACCCCCUCUUGGGCCCAUCCGGCCUUCACAGCAGUGUAAAUGCCGACCAUGUUGGGCAAGCGAUCGGAGAUGCUGAAGGCGCGCGCCACGACGGGCCCCGUCUCGUGGAAGCGCUGGAAGGGCCCCCUGGGCGCCGGCAUUGAGUCUCACUCCAACGGACACCACCACCACCACAACCAUCACCACCAACAACAACACCACUCCCCGCACAACCACCACAGCGGCGGCGGGAGCAGCGGCGGUGGCGGCGUCCUGCAGAAUGGACGAACAGGGGGCGGAGGCAUCCGUGUGGGUUCGGCUUUCCAGGCCACGAUCCCAGAAUUCAGCCCCGUGAUGCCGCGUGAGCGCACCAGGGAUCGCGACAGGGAGGACGUGCCGGUGUGGUCGCCUCACCACUCCAUCCCCGAGGAGCAGCUGGACGAGUACCUGUCCGUCGCCAAGGAGGUGCACGGGUACAGCACGGAGCAGGCGCUGGGGCUGCUGCUGUGGCACGCGCACAACAUCGAGCGCUCGCUCGCCGACAUGCCCAACUUCGCUCCCGACGCCGACGAGUGGGGGGAGACGGAGCGCGCCCUCUUCGAGCAGGCGUACGGCUUCCACGGAAAGAGCUUCCACCUCAUCCAGCAGAUGCUGCCGGGAAAGUCGAUCGGCAGCCUCGUGCGUCACUACUACACGUGGAAGCAGACGCGCACGCGCACCAGCGUCAUGGACCGCGAGGAGCGCAGGCAGGCGAGCCGGCGGGCGCAGCUGCACAGUGACGAGGAGCUUGACGGAGCGCAAGAGGAGGAGGACGAGGAGGAUAAUGCCAGCGACAGCGACUACCACCCCUACAAGAAGAUGAAGAGGGAAGAGCACCGCCGGCGAUCCCGCGCAGGCCGAAGCCGCGCGGUGCAGAGACGAGACGGGCCACCGGCCUCGCCGCCCCCCCGGCACCGGGCCCACCGCGCCCACCACCACCACCACCACCACCACUCGGGCCGCGACCGCCGCCACCCGCCGCGCCACAUGUACCUGGAGCAGUCCGACCUGCAGGUGGUGGUGGCGGCGUGCUGCCCGCCCGCCACCGACGGCCGUCCCGCCUGCGGGGAUGCCCGGCCCGGCGAGGCCGGGGGUGGUGCCACGGCCGUCGGCGCAGGUGCCGCAGGCGCCGCAGUUGGUGCAGGCGGCGCGUCGUCCUCGCUGACCGUGCGUCUCGACACGCAGAUCGUGGAUCUCAAGAAGCAGGCGCAAAAGAUGAAGCAACACAACAGCUCGCUGAAGCAAAAGCUCAAGGAUGGGGUGUCGGCUUACCGCCCGCAGGUGAGUGGCGCCAAAGCAGCAGGAUUCCUGACGUCUUCGCGCAGGUGAUGGAUGAAACGGAAGCCAGGGAGCCCCGCCCCCGCCCCCUGCUGGUGGGGCAGCGUCACGAGGGGCAGCGUCACGAGGGGCAGCGUCACUAGGGGCAGCGUAGAAGAAGUGCUCCACGGUGAGCACCGUCAGUUCAGAACGCACGGCGGUUUGCGGGGUGGCUCCAAUCGGAGUUCCGCGCGGUCGACCGGUCGCCCGCUGCCCGGUCCUUCACGACUUCCCGCUCGCCCUUGUUCAUCGGUACCAAGUCCGACGGCGAGGCAGAGUUAGCGCUGAAGGAUGAAUAAAAAAAAAUUUGAAAUGAAAACGCGCGAAAGCAACCUGUGGAAGAACUGCCAUUCCUCGAAAUUUUGAUUACACCUCGACAUCAACGCUGGAGACAAAACUAAACGAAAUCGACAAAUGCACACAUCACCUCUGUCAUGCAGAAGAACCACCGACGCUGCUGCUGCUGCUCGUGCAAAACAAACGUCGAUCAAAACAUACUUUGGCACUUUGGCCGAUUUCUGACAGCUGUGAAGACGUGGACGUUGUGCAGUCCCGGUGCAGAUCUACAGCGGCGGGUCCUCGUUCCUCCCACCCGGCGUGGGAGUGGGGCCCACCAGCGAACUCUUCUAGCCGAGCGUGGAUCCCUUUGUCGAGGGCCGGAGCCGAAUGAGCUCGGUGAAGGCCCUGGCCUCGGUGGGGGGGGGGGGGGGCGGAGGUGGCGGAACGGAAUGCCCCCUUGUGUCACACGCGAUUGCGGCCUCGCCCAGCGAGUUCACCACUCGCCGCUGGGGUCAUGGUCGGCGGGACGCUUGAGAGCCGUGCGCGCGAUGCGGCGGCGUUUGUGAACUCGCGCGAUGCCGUGACUCCGUUCCCGCACCGCCGUGCGGUCACGGCACUGCGGGAACGCGUCGCCAGAGUCGCUCUGCACCAGCGGCAGUAGCGGCAGCAGCAGGCGGCGAGCGGCGAGCGGAGCGCCGCGGUCGUGAGCUCUGGCCUCGUCAGGAUUUUAGAAGUUGAAAAGCACCGUGAUCUUAACUGCGGCCGCGUGCAGCCUGCGCACGAGCGGAGCGCGUGGCGAGAUUGUGGACGAGCACCUCCUCCUGUUUGAUUCGAUUCCACGUUGACUGACGGAUACCGAGCAGCGUCGCUCGCCAACAGAGCCGCGCUCACAUACACGUGUUUGUCUUGCUUGGAGUGAGGUCACCCUGGUGUGUGAUGCGCCGCUUAUACAGGUCAGACUCUGGACUCAACUUAUGGACAUUUAGUUCCCAAAUAUAACAAUGAUUAUAAAAGAAUGAAUAUUACCGAUGUUUUUAUUUUCACAAUUCAGUGUGCUUUAACAUAUCUUGACGCUCACGCUCAAAUGUCACGAUGUGGACAUGAACAAACAAAAAACCUCUGCGUAUGAUUAAGGUGACGGUGUCAUUUACAGAAAGAUUCCUCGACACGUGCUGCCUCAUUGGGACGGACGAAUCCAUUGUUGACCCCCCCCCCCCCCCACCUGGACGAGUCCAUUGUUGAACUCCCCCCCACCUGGACGAGUCCAUUGUUGAACUCCCCCCCCCCACCUGGACGAGUCCAUUGUUGAACUCCCCCCCCCACCUGGACGAGUCCAUUGUUGAACUCCC